AUAUGUGUAUUUCUUUUCUAACAUAGAGAGAAGAUAUAAUUAAGUUAAUUAAAGAGAUAUGUGGUUGUGGCAUUAAAUGCAAGGAAAUACCGAUGGAGCUAGUGUUUGUGAUUGACAGUUCUGAAAGUGUUGGCCCAGAGAAUUUUGAAAUAAUCAAAGACUUUGUUACUGCCUUAGUAGACAGAGUAACUGUAGGGAGAAAUGCUACUAGAAUUGGACUUGUUCUCUACAGCCUGGAAGUUCGGCUCGAAUUUGGGCUGAAUAGGUACACAGCCCAACAGGAUGUGAAACAAGCUAUCAGAAAGAUGCUAUACAUGGGAGAAGGCACUUACACAGGAACUGCCAUCCGCAAAGCAACACAAGAAGGCUUUUUUGGGGCUCGAACUGGUGUAAGGAAAGUUGCCAUAGUCCUAACCGAUGGGCAAGCUGAUAAGAGAGAAGCUGUUAAGCUGGAUAUCGCUGUCCGGGAAGCUCAUGCAGCCAACAUAGAAAUGUAUGCGAUUGGCAUUGUAAAUACUUCAGACCCAACACAAGUUGAGUUUUUACGUGAGCUGAAUCUAAUUGCAUCUGAUCCAGACAGAGAACAUAUGUAUCUUAUUGAUGAUUUUAAUACUCUUCCGG